AUUCAAUUCGUGUAGCUAGUGCCCUACUCCGUCUUGAACAGCUGUUACAGGUAAUUAUAUGCUAUCAUGGUUAUCUAUACUUAUUGCGAUCAUGCUCAAGUUCUAGCCUAAUUCUUAACGAAGAACAGCCGAACAUCCGAGUCUCCCUCUCAUACCUGACACAUUUUGCAGCGCUGGGAAUGGUCUUAUGAUCUCUCUUAUCCCAUAGAUCGACCGAAAAACAUCCAACGAUGGUGUUUUUGUGGCACUUUUGCUCAAGCUUUCUUGAUGCCGAGUCUAUAGUUGAUCCUUGCGUAAUAUCCUGGGCUUUCUCGGAUAUGCUCGCUUGUACAACCUUGGUCAGCCUCGUCUGCCAGUAUAAAUCCGAUAGUUGAACGAAAAUGUCGAAUGGGUGCUCGAACAUGAUUUCCCUCAGCAUGAUAGCUCUGGCUAUUGGAACUUUAUCGCUUAUCUCUCAAACAACUGCUCACUAUACCUUCCCUUCCCUUGUUGUCAAUGGCGUAACUACCAGCCCUUGGGUAAACGUUCGGAUGACAAACAAUUAUAACACUCAAUCUCCUGUUACAGAUGUUACUAGUAUCGAUCUGAGAUGUUACGACUCUCAGACCGGUGCUACCGCAACAACCAUAAGUGUUGCGGCUGGCUCUACACUCGGCAUUAUGAGCGACGGUACCAUGUAUCAUCCUGGUGUCGUUAAUGUUUACAUGGCGAAAGCACCUGGCAGCGUCAGUUCUUUUGCCGGCGAUGGCGCAGUUUGGUUCAAGGUCUACGAAAUCCCACCUGUAACUAAUGGAGGAACCAGCAUCAGCUUUCCAUCCCAGAACCAGGCUGGCGUUUCAUUCACAAUCCCGAAGUCUCUUCCUAGUGGACAAUACUUAGUUCGAAUGGAGCAGAUCGCACUCCAUGCUGCGUCCACCUUUGGGGGAGCGCAAUUCUACAUUAGCUGCGGUCAAAUCGAAGUUACGGGAGGAGGAAGCGGCACGCCCGGUCCCUUGGUUGCUAUUCCAGGCGUCUACACAGGAAAUGAACCUGGCAUUAAGAUAAAUAUAUACUAUCCAGUCCCUAAGAACUACACGCAGCCGGGUCCGGCUGUCUGGUCAGGUUAGUGAAUCAAACACGUGUAAGAAGUUUCAUUUUGUCAUAUUACGCACCUUGUGGUAAAUACUGUAUUUUAUGAACGCCCUUGAAUAUCACAUGUUGUGAUAUUUCAAUAUCUAUUUAUGCAAAUUCUGAGGAUCGCCGAUUGAAUUCAACUAGGGUCUUCUAAGGGUCAUAUACGAUAGGCUUUUGAAAUCUUUCCUACGACGAGUGCUUGGUGGUACAACUCACCGAGGCAGCUCUCAAUCAACC